GUGGCAACAACUAGUAGCAAUAUUCUUACAAGCAAACGAAGAAGAAGCAGUAGAGAGCUGAAAGCAAGAAAUCAAGAAAUAAAUAAAUUGUGAUUUAUUGAAGUGAUAUUUUUAUUAUUACAACAACAACUAAUACAACAAGAAAGAUGUCUGCAGCAAUCAACAACAUGUCAAUGCAAUAUGACUGCAACAACAACAGCAAUAAGCAUAACAACAGUUACAUUGCCGCAACAAAUCAAACACUGCUGCAGCAGAGCAGCUUACAACACACCUCACUCCUACAACACUGGUCCACCAUACAGCAGAAAUCCAAAGUAUCACCCUCACGCCGCAUCAAGAACCUGCUGAAACCGCUAUUGGGACGCGUCUUCAAAUCGCGCACGAAGAGCCAACAGAAACGCAACUCUUACCUCGCUGCCUCGCCGAAUGGCGAACGCGAUGCUGACUUCGAGUGGCUCGCCAACGAGAUGGACAAUCGCGCCAAUGAAGAUCUUGAGCAGCGGCUUGUCGAGGAGAUGCACAUGUGCGAGGAUGGCGCGGCUAUCGUUGUAUAUAACGCAGACGGCACGCAUCGCCUGCAGACGGUGGAGAAGGAUGAAUUCUAUGUGCCCGUGCAUUUCGCGCGCACCAAUGCCGGCACGUUCUUCUGGACUUCGCUGCAACGUCAGACCAUUGAACCGUACAACAUUCAAUGGAACUUUAUGGAUCGUUGGGGGCAAGCAUAGACCGCUGACUCCGGUGUUGUUGUAAUAAUUUAAGCUGAUACGCUGAAGUUGUAGGGUAUUGAAAUUACGUUCGGGUUUAAUGUAGAAAAGGGAUUUUCAACGGCUACCGGCGUCUGCCAGGCGGCACAAGUGCGUUCACUGCAAAAAGCAAGGUUUGGUCACUGCGACCUUGUGGCAAGCAGGCGUAAACGGGAAAUUUGCACGUCAAUGGGGUGUCAGUAAACGCUGGUGUACCGAUUGGGGCGCAAGAGUAGGCACAGAGAAAUUGUAAAAAUGCUGCUAGGGAAUACCGCUACUUUUCGCAAGAAAAAUAGUGUGCUAUCCUCUGCAGACAUUUGUUAGGAAUUUAACAGAAGCAAUUUUGAAAUUUUUUUGUUAAUGAAAAAAUUAUUAAAGGUGUAUGUAUAUGAAUAGAGGAGCUCCUGUUUUUGUACAAAAUAAAGGAAAUGAAGGAGUACAUCAAGUAAUUGAAAAAUAUUUGUAUUUUUAUAGAAAAAAAUAUAAUUAUGUUAAAAAAAUUGAAAAAAUAUUUUUAUG